AAAGUCUCACAAUUUCAUUUAUCAUUGAUAUCGACUGAUGAUUUAAUAGCAAGUAUUAAAUUUACUUGAAAGAAAAGAUUGAAAAUACUCUAAGCCAAGCAAACCUAAAAUGAAAAAUCUAAUGCCUGAUGGCGUAAAAGGAAAGGACAUUUAUUACAACCCAAGCAAUGGAGAGUGGGGGUAUUGCCUGGAUAUAUGUAAACCCUCGGAUAGAAAUGACGGAGCUUGUACAAACUAUUGUCCUGAGUACAUACGCCAGUAUAAGACAGAAGUGUUUACAAAGCUGCCUCCCGUCACGUUCGCAGGAGAUGGAAGCGUGCCCCCUGAACUCAUUGUUCUCGUCACCUUUGUGUCUGUUGGUGUCAUCGUAGUAAUUAUCUAUGUGGUUUAUAAACGCCAAUCUAUCGCCCGUUGGAUGACAAAUGUAUGGCAACGGGUGUUGAUGACGAAACCAGGCGUGCCUCCUAGUGAUUACAACCAAGAGGAAACCGGUCAAAGAGGUCAAGACGAAACUGUGAUUAACAUCGAAACUGAUCAGUUAAAUCCUGGCGCUCCAGUCUCCAUUCCAUCUGGCUCUGUCACUGAACCCUUACUUCCGGGAAAUAACUUGGAGACUGAGGACAUCCACAACGAUUACAUUCCAGACACAGCAGACGAUCAUGUUUCAACGGAUUUGAGAGGACCGGAUGGGACUGAAGAUCUGAAUUCCCAGAGAAAUGAUGAAGCCGUGGCCAGGGAGUAUCAACUCGAACAAGACAAAGGGAUCAGAGGGAAGAAGGAAACUGUACUGCAGUUCGGGAGAACAGAGCCUAUGGCUGGUGAAGACGAAGUCGCCUACACUGAUCAACCGGGACGGAACUCCAUCUCACUAGAAAGCAACAACGAAAAAACAAUGGGAAACAACCAAAACACAAACCUAUUAUCACGAUACUCUUGCACUGAAUCAAGCAACCACACUACUGUGUCAACUCAUUCUAACGAGCCCACAGAGUUAGCGCAAUCCGUAAUGAACGAGGAGCAAAGGAGAAGGGAUUCUAGUCCGCCUUUAGUCGCCGAUAGAAAUAGUGUUGCUCAAAAUCCUGAAGACGAAUUAAAACAAACUGAAAACGCUCUCAAUGGACAAGUACCGUUACCAAAUUUUAUUGCUUGAGUUUUUGUGGUUGUGUAGUCAUAAGGUCUGAUGUGUUCUGUUUUUGUUAUUUAUAUGUAUAUGAUCUGUUAUUAUGCGCCCUGGUUUUUAAUGUACAUAUAACAUAUACGGAGCUAUUUCAUCAUGAGUUGCAGCAGCACUUUAUGUGUUUGUUUGAUUUUUUAAACAAUAAAUGUUAAGAUUCAUUCCAUAUUACGCAAACUCAUCUUUUUGGAAAUAUAGUACAUCGUAUCAAUACAUGAGUUUUCAACAGUACGAAGAUGUGUUUUUUGUAACUUUUAAUAUUGAUCACCUUCAAUGAAUCUGUUAUUCCAUUGAUUUUUACAUUGUUUCUUUGUAGUGUACCAAAUCUCAGUAAUUUAGGAAAACAUGUUAUUAUUCUGUUAUUGUGCAUGGUAUGAGUCAUUCACAGGCCAUUGAUCUUUCAUUUUACCAUUGUUACAUUCGUUUAUAUUAUUUGCUUGUUAAUAAAAAUAAAUAAUGUUGGUAACUUU